AUGCUCAGGAUUCUGAGGAGGUUUAUGGCCUUCCUCCGGAAGAGGGCGGACCCCGAAGAAGGGCAGCAAGGGCUGCUGCAAGGUGACAGCAACUUGAGAACUAUACAGGGGGUUGUGACAACUUUCUGUACUGAUUAUGGCCGGAUUGAUGAGUCCAUCUACUUCAAUACUGAUGUUGUGACUGGCAAUGUGCCUCUGAAAGCUGGUCAAAAAGUCACUGCACUUGUGGAAGAAGAUAAAGCAUCUCAUGUACUGAAAGCAAUCAAAGUGGAGGCUAUCUCGGAUCAUUUUGAUGAUGCUGGGCCAUCCGACCUCGGAACCAGUGUUUUAAUCAGCCGUGCCACCUCGGUGACAAAGGAUGCGGUCUACAUUAAUAAAGAUACUUGCUUCUCCCUAUCUAUUGUUCAUGAAGGUUUCAUGCCUUAUAAGGGUGACUGGCUAGAGGUUGAGUAUUGCAUGCAGCCGGGCACCUCGAACCUCAAUGCCCUCUCCGUGAAGCCCAUGAACUGUAGGCAUGUGGAAGAGGUCUGCAUCAGUAGUGUACAUGGAAGACACGGGGUGGUGGACGACACCAUCUUUUUCACCUUGGAUUCUCUGAAGCUUCCUGCCGGAUAUGUACCUCAACCCAAUGACAUCGUGGAUGUGGUCAUAGUGGAGAGCGUGCAGUCCUGCUAUAUUUGGAGAGCGGUUUCUAUGACCCCAGUGCACAUAUUGUAAAAGCAGAGCCUUUUGUUUCCUGUUGGUCUUUAUUUCUGUGGGCAGUAAAGGGCCCGGUUUAAUGGAAAAGCUG